UGGUUUCAGCUCAGAGCAGAAAAGCUGAAGCUGGCUGUGUGCUGGGAGGUUCCCUGGCUCAGGGGAUGCUGGCUCUGGGGGUGCAGGAGGACAAGAGCACCCCAAAGGUGGUGUUCUCCAGCAGGGCAAGCUCCUCUCUCCCACAUCAGUGACUUUAGGAAAGGCCCCUCCAUGGACCUCUCCAUCCUCAGACAAGGGUUUUCUUGGUGGAUUCAGCCAUCCUGAGGCUUUCCUGAAGAGCAGCAUCUGCUGGGAGGUGGCCAGGAGGGAAAACGACCUCGGGGACAGAGGAGGAAAAGCUGCUGCCAGUUCAACAGCUGGAGAGGCAUCAGGGCUCCAGUGCCCAGCCAGCGACGGCCACUUCUGGGCACUGCUGGAGAAUCUUUUAUCCAGCCUUUAGGCAGACGGGAAAGGGAUGACACCCUGGAGUGGCAUUUCCCUCUCCUGCACCCCCAGCUGUUUCCUGCUGCUUCACCAGACACAACCCCAAAGAGCUCGGAGGCUCCCAUCGGCUGCUUCCUGCGUUCCCUCCCGUGGCUGUCAGCCGCACAGGAAGAGAGAAAUAGGAGCGGGAGCAUCGCCCGGCCCCAUGCCACUCACCCGCCACACCAGCCAGCUCCCCGAGGCCAACUGGACCUUGAGCCUCAGGGAGAUGACAGAGCCCUGGAAAGGUGCCGUCGGCUGCUUCGGCGUGGCCGUCUUCUUCGCCAUGACCAUUGGCAUCAUCUCCUGGCAGGCAGUGGAGCAGUCGCCAGAGGAGUGGGUGCUGCGUGGCCGCGCCGGCGGGGUGCUGUGGGAGCGCCGGAGGGGUGCCCUGCUCCUGCGGGCGCUGCCGGAGGGCAGGACGGUGGCAGUGAUUGCCGUGGGUGGUGUGCCAGCUGCUGAGCCACCCCCGCCACGGGACCACUGCUGGCAUGACGGCGGCACCUUCUGCUACGCCUGGGAGGAGGACGCCGAGCUCCGGCUCUCCCUCGAGCCCCCACCAGCGCCUGGCACUGAGUGCUACGGCGUCCACUGGACCCCGCUGCGCCCUGACGUGGUGCUGAAGGAUUGCUUCUCCAUGGCCAACAUCUCCUGGUACGGUGGGGCAAGCAUCCAUGCCCAGCGCUGGCCACUCAACGGUGCCGAGAGCCUUGCGCAGCCCUUCGUUAGUGGUGACCUCAGCAAAAACCCCACUGGCUAUGGACCCGUGCUGGAGAGAUACUUCUUAGGCUCAACAGGUGUGACAGUGACAGUGCCACCUGAGGUGCCUCUCUUCCUCUCGAUGGAAAGUGACAGACACUUCUGCCUGGAGACACCAGCAGACAGAGCCUCAGUGCCCCUGCACUACCACCUCUGUGUCAGCCCAGACGUGGCCACUGCCCAGCGGCAUGUGGGCAGCCAGCUGGUGGGGCAGGAGCGGGCGCUGCCUGAUACAGCCCUCCUGAGGUCUCCCAUCUGGCGGUACCAGGGCCCCACGAGCUCGGCUGCCAGAGCCAAACGGGGCCUGCGGUCACUGGCCAGGAGGCUGAAGCGACAUCGCCUCCAGGAGGGGGUCCUGGCCCUGGGGGAGCACUGCACUGCUGUCCUCACUGCUGUGGAGGACUUGCCCUCGGAACAAGGGAAGAGGCAGGAGUCGGCACCUGCCUGGGACCCUGCCCUGGUGGAGCCUCUUCAGGUCUCCAUCACUCUGUCCCCCUACACCAGCAUCGCCUCUCCGCUCUUCCUGCGCUCGCUGCGGGACGGCACCGUGGAGAGCUCCUGGCUGAGCCUGCAGCUCCGCGGCGGAGGCUGCUCGGUCCCACUGCUGACCACGUGGAAGGGGCAGCUUUGUGCCAGCCUCAACGUCACCAGCGAGGCAGCCCUGAGCUGGUACCUGGCUCGGGCCCGGCGCCUGCGGCAGGCGCUGGGAGCCACAUACGUGGCCGUAGAGGGCGCAGAGGGCAAUGCCUUCCUGGAGCAAGAUGUCUCACCUCCCGCUGAGCUGGCAGGGAACCGCUACGUCACAGCGCUGGCAGCAGCACUGGCAACGCUGGGAAAUGCCACUGUCAUCAGCGCUGGUGCCAGGUCCAGCCACCUGCCACUCUUCGUCCAGAUGAGCCCUCUGCGCUCGGACUGGAGCCACGCUGGGCUGAAGGGAGUCAUUCCCUCCGUGCUGCACUACAGCCUCCUGGGCUACAACUUCUUCAUCCCCGAGGCAGUGGGAGGCAGCCUGGCCAGUGACACCCCAGGGGACCGGGAGCUGUACGUGCGGUGGCUGCAGAUCGUGACGUUUCUCCCCGUGAUGGCCUUCAGCACACCUCCCUGGCUCUGCUGUGACACCUGGGUCGUUAAUCUGACCCGGCAGUGCAUACAGAGGCACCGGGACUUCGUUGUGCCCCUCCUCCUAAAGUACAGCCAGGAAUGGCUGCGCCUGGGGCACCCCAUCUUCAGGCCAGCCUGGUGGCUCAGUCCUACAGACCCAACAGCUUUCACCAUCGAGGAUGAAUUUCUCAUUGGGGACGAGGUCCUGGUUGCUCCAAUAACAGAAAAAGGGCAAACAUGGAGAGAUAUUUACCUGCCUGGAGAAGGGCACCUGUGGAUGGACACCAACUCUGCCCGUGUGUUUGAUGGAGGCACCAUCCUGAGGAACUACUCUGCCAGUCUUGCAGAGGUGCCAGUUUUUGUUAAGACCUCCUAAAGUCACAGACUAUGGCAGAGUUAUUGGACAGUUGAUCUCUUUCAGAGCAGCACUGGCCAAAAGCUCUCUCUCUCUGGCCUGGGACAAUUCCAGUCCAUUUGCACUGUUUCAAGAACUUUUUUUUCCCCCUCCUUUUUAAUUUCAGCAGAAACUGUUUGGAUCUCUGAUUAUUGGCAGUUACUCUGAAAUGGUGGAAGUACACCUCUGGCACAAGCAUCCACCACCAGUAUCUUCCCUGCUCCCCUGUGCACAGUCCCCAGUAGAGGCUUUGGGAGGAUAAUGGCAAAACUGAGUGGAUUCCACAUCUACUGAAGCAAGUUUGUGAGGAAGGAAAAGAAACUUGACCAAGCAAAGAGUGUCUCUAACAGAGAAUGACUUGGACAAGCAAGAUACUGGCCCACCUUGGAAUGCAGACUCCAGAGCUCAACCCCAAACUCCUGUGUGGCCCCACUCAGGCUUUUCACUGGUGACUUUAAUUUCUGGCACUGCAAGAGUGAUCCAGGGGGAGCAGUUGUCUUCCAUCCAGCAGAAAUCAUGGACGUGGGCAAAAGAGAGAUCACAGAUGAAUACACACUCAGGCAGACGAUUUAGCUGCUCUCAUGUGGUCAUUGCAAAGGCUGGAGCUGAAGGGGAGGGAGAAGCUGACAGCUGGGAAGAGCAAGUCUUGGCCUGGAAAAGUACAGAACAAAUGAACUGAUGUCAGCUGAGAGAGCCAAGAGGUGAAGAGACAAGGUGAGGAUGUGGAGAACCCUCAGCUAGCCUGGUCCAUCAGGCCCCGCAGAGGAGAGACACAUCCAAAGGCAGAGACUGAAGUAGAGGAGCCUUUUGCUAAUGCUAACACCAACUUCUUUAUUUGGAGGGGAGGUCAGGUCCUGGAACACAGUGACACCCCUGCUGCUGUAGGACCUUCGUCUGCCUUCUGGCUGCUCCUGUCCCUUCUUGGCAGUGAGCUACUAAGCCCUGCGCCGGGUGUGGCUGUGGAACCUGCUCCACGCUCGGUCCCUGUUCCUGCGGGACCUGCGCCGUGCUCGGUUCCUUGCUGCGUGCCACCGCCUGGAGGAGCCCAAAAGUGCUCGCCGGCGACGCUGGCUGCGCCUUGAAGAUGCCAGGACAUCCUCUUCAGCCCUUGAAGCAGCAUGCAAAGCCCUUCUCUGUCGUCGCCUUCUUGAGGAGAUGCGGCCCCAGCCGCGCCGAGUCCUCCCUCUGUGGGCUUCAUCCUGCCACCUCGCCGCUCUCCUCCUGCCCCGCUGCUCCGCACGUCCUGCCUGGCCCUCACCGUGACUGCUGCUGCGGUUCUGGCCUGAGGGAUGCCGAUAGCUGCUCCUCGCUGCUCGGCGUUCAUCUCGCCCGCUGCUGCGGCGGGCCGCGGGGCCGUGGUGCCGCUCCUGGCACCGGGCGCCCUGCCGUGGGAACAGGUGGUGAAGCGGCUGGCGGCAGCGCGGGCAGAAGGAUCUGCUGCGGGACCAGUCCUCGAUGCAGCAAGGACAGAAGCAGUGGGUGCAGGAGCUCCCGCAGCCUUCUCUGCUGCUGGGCGCCCGGCAGAUGGGGCAGCUCGGGUCCUCAGAGGCAUCCAGCGGCUCAGCCUCGGGCACUGGGCUGGUGCUGGCAGCAGGGGCAGAGGUGCUCUGUUCUGCCGAGUCCUCAUCUGAUGGCAUCUGGUCCUGCAACAGCGGAGCUGCAGAACUCAGCCCUGCCCUGCAGCUGUGACCUGCAAGAAGCAGCAAAGGUGAUGAUUAGGCUUGGUACUGCAGAGGUGCCUGCUCUGCCCUGAGGCUGAGUGUGAGCUGCCACUGCUGCCAGAGACUGUUUCUGAAGCAGGCAAGUGGCACUAGGGACUCCUGCUCCUGUCUGUUGUUGCUCCCAGGGCAGGACAGUGACUGGCCUCUGCCAUGGGUCCAGCAGGCCCGGGAAGGUAAGAAAGCAGUUCCUGACCUCUCUGCAAAGACAGCUCAAGGGUGGGGCUGCAGCAGGGUGGGAGAAUCCCCAGGAUUCUACCAACGUCCCUGCCUGUCAGAUCCUCCCCGUGCCCUCAUCACAGACCCUAUGGGCAGGGGUCCUUUGUCCUCCAGCUGCAGACAGCUGCCCACAUGCACAAGGACCCCACAGCUGUCUCCAUGCACAAGAGUUUCCUCACACCUUCAACUAGCUAUUACUAUGCCACCAGAGUCACUCUAUCUGAUGAUAUCACAAUGGUCUCUUAUGAAGUCACAAUGAUUCUCUCAUCACAACUAACAGUUCUAAUUCCAUUUCUCCACUGGGUGAAGUCCUGACCUAUCUUCCCCAGCUCCAUUCAAACCCAUACACAACAGCCGGUGCAAAUCCCUCCACAAGGAGCCGCACUCCACGUUGAGUGUUCAGUGUUACUUCUGAAGCCUCCAGAGCUCCCCAGCAUCAGUCUUACCACCACCCUUUCACUUACUGCCCAGACUUUAGUCUGCAUCCCCACCAGGAGCUCACUCAGGCCUGCUACUCACCUUGGCUUAGGCUCCAUCACAACUUUAGUUUAACUGCACUGUGAACAGCAAUCCAACACCCACCUUGCUGGACUCACACAUCCAGGUUUUUUUGGUGAUCUCUCAUGAUUGUCCUCAGUGAGGGUUCCUCAUGCUGUGUACAGGAAGCCAACUCCCCUACACACACCCCAUGGAGUCAAGAUCUUUGUCUUCAUUUCUGUUCUGCAGAAAUGGGUGCCAGGCAUCUCAUAGCUCCCUGCACACCCAUCAGUGCAGCACACACUUAAUACCAGCCUGAGCUGGUCAUAUUUCCCCACCCAGCCUUCACCACUUGUGUGUACUCUGCUUAAUGACUCAAAUAGUUUAGGGAGGCUCCUCAAGAAAGACCUUUUCCCUCCCCCCUCCCCUUAGGGGUGUGCAUUUUAGCAUUCUAAUUCCCCAGGGUUACUUUGGGAUGUACUCUUGGCUCCUCUUUACUCCUGAAGUUACAGAUUUAGCAGCAGUGGUGGGAUUGUGAGCCCCACCUGAACAGUUAGACUUGGUGCUCUCAAAGAUCUCUUCCAACCUCAACAAUUCCAUGUCUUUGCUAUGUCCAAGCCAGCAACAGGACACAGCAGUUGCUGCUGCUUCUAUUCAAGGUUCUGAAAGUUCUGUGAUGCCUCAACCAUGUCCCAGCCCAAACCUCUCAAUGAACUUUGAUCUGUUGGCAUCAAGACCAGUUAUUAUUUGCUGCUGAUUAAGAUAUGUGGUAUGAACACUCUUAAGUCUUUAGCCACCAGAACACAACUGCUGCUAGAAUGUUGGAAUAAAGGCUGUGGUGGGGAGAAAUCCUUACCCUGUAUAUUGGA